AUGGCUAUGUUUCUGCUUUGUAAUUCUUCUCUUCAUAACUGGCUUAUUUCUAAUAGCACUUCACACUGGGGCCUUCCUAGUCAAAGCUUGUCUGGAACUUUAUCUCCAUUGAUUGGAAACCUUACUGAGCUACAGUCAGUGUUGCUUCAGAAUAAUGCUAUUUUGGGUCCGAUUCCAGCUACGAUUGGGAAGUUAGAGAAGCUGCAGACUCUUGAUUUCUCCAACAAUACUUUCAGUGGCGAAAUACCGAUUUCCUUCGGAGACUUGAAAAACCUCAACUAUUUACGGUUAAACAAUAAUAGCCUUACUGGACCCUGCCCGGAUUCUUUGUCACAAAUUGGAGGUCUUGCUCUUGUGUUUUUGUAUGUCCCGACACCUCACACGACUGUGGUUCUUGCUGAACAUUUGAAAGAAUGCAUCCACUCCUGGAAUAUUGAUAUCAAGUUAUCUUCUAUAACUGUGGAUAAUUGCACAACUAAUGAUGCUAUGAUUGAUAUUUUGCACCAAGAAUUUCCUUAUGGCUCGCUAAUGUUGCAUGGACGUUUUCUUCAUAUGCUUUGUUGUGCUCAUAUACUUAAUUUGAUUGUUCAAGAUGGGUUGAGUGCUGUGAUAAAAAUUGGUCUUGACAGAAUUAGGGAUAGUGUUGGCUUUUGGAUUGCUUCAGAUAAAAGAAAUAAAAAAUUUGAAGAAGUAGCUAAGCAAUUGGUUCUUGAAUGUACAAAAAAGUUACUACUUGAUUGCAAGACUAUGUGGAAUUCGACUUAUGACAUGCUUAUGGUUGCUUUAAAUUAUAAGGAGGUAUUUGUUAUCUUGAGUGGUCGUGAAAGUUUGUUUAAGAAUCUGACACUUAAUGAAGAUUGGGAAAAGGUAGAGAAAAUUUGUGAUUUAUUGGAAGUAUUUAACGAUAUUACACUUGUAUUUUCUGCCUCAAAAUAUUCCACGUCAAAUAAUUAUUUUCCAUGUAUUUGUGGGCUUAGAAUAGCAAUGUCAAAUUGGCUUUCAUUUCAUUGUGAUUAUAUAAGAAAGAUGGUGCUAGUAAUGUUGGAGAAGUACAACAAGUAUUGGGCUGAUGUUAAUGGUCUUAUGGACGUGGCCACUAUACUUGAUCCGAGGUUCAAGCUAAAAUUGAUUCGUUUCUAUUUUGAAAAAAAUUAUGACGAGUUUAUUGUUCAAGCUGAGAUUGAUAGAAUUGAAGGUCUUCUACAUGAAUUGGUGGAUGAUUAUGGAUAUAAAAAUGGUAAGAACCAAGUUUGCUGA